AUGAAAGCACCCGCCUCACAGCAGCAGCAGCAGCAGCAGCAGCAGCAGCAGCAGCAGCAGCAGCAGCAGCAGCAGCAGCAGCCUGCGGCUCCUCAGCCGCGCCAGGUGACGCCACUGCAGCAGCAGCAGGCGGAAGCCGUCACCACCCUGCAGCUGCAGCAGGAUCAGCCACGGCAGCCGCAGCCGCACCUGCCCGUGCCGGGCCCCAGCGCGUCGGCGCCCCUCGGCGGGGAAGUUGCCUCUCAGCCUGCAGCGGCGCCCGCCGCGGGGCCAGACCACAAUCUGGUCAAUACGCAAGGCGUUGGGGCGGCAGCAGGGGCCCGCGACGCGCCUGAGCCGCAGCUGGGCGCCUUGGGCGGCCCGGGCGGGGCAGCGAGCUCGGGUGGGGUCGGGCCCUUGGAUGAGUCUUUGUUCUGCUUGAUGGGCCUGGAUGUCAGUGGAGGGGCGUCCACCAGCAGCGCGGUGCAGCAGCAGCAGCAGCAGCCGCAGCAGCAGCAGCAGCAGCAUGAUCGGGAGCUACCGCAGGGGGAGCAGCAGCAGCAGCAGCAGCAGCAGGAGCAGCAGCAGCAGCAGCAGCAGCAGCAGCAGCAGCAGCAGCAGCAGCAGCAGCAGCAGCAGCAGCAGCAGCACGGCGGCGCGUUAGGGGGUGCGCCGGAUGUCCCACAGGCGGCAGCUGCGCAGCAGGCGCCACCACACCAACACCGCCAGCCGGGCGUCCCGACCAUGGUAGGCGGCGGCGCCGCUGCCGGCGGCGGCGCGGCGGUGGCGGCAGCCUCUUCGACGGUGGCCGCGGUUGAGAGCGCGCGUGCGGCGGGGCCGGUGGCCGUGCUGCGGCAGGGAGCUGGGGCCGACGCGCAGGGGGCGGCCCUCGGGCCCAUGGGCGGCGUAGCCGUCGGGAGCGGCGGCGCAGCAGCUGCGGCGGCGCCGCUGCCAGUGGACCGUCAAUUACAGCAGGCGCCCUCCAGCGGCAGCAGCAGCGGCGGUGGCGGUGGCGGCGGCGGCAGCAGCGGCGGCGCAGGGCCUUCUACAUUGGGGACUGCGCCUGGCCCCAGCCAGCAGCACGCACUUGCGCUGGCGAGCGCUUCCAGCGGCGUGAGCAGCGGCGCAGAGAUCGCCGGGCCCAGCAGCGGCUUUGGCGCGUCGGCAGCCGCGGCCGCGGCCGGCUUUGCGGCUGGGCGGCUCGGCAGCGGCUCGUUUGGCAGCAGCGGCAGCGGGGGCGGCGGCGGGCUGUCGGGGGCGCGGAAGAAGAAGACAACCACGAUGCGCGUCGGAUACGGCAAGAGCGACGACGUCGAGCUGGGGCCAGACAUUGCGGCUGCCAUCAGCCAGCAUCAGGCUGCUGCCUUGCACCACCAUCACAGCGGCGGUGGUGGCGGGAGCAGCGUCGGGAGCGUCAGCGGCGCUGGGGCGUCCACGCGGCCUUCGAUGGACGGGCUCGUGGGGUCCGGCUCCGCUGCCCUGCCAGAAGAUGUAUUUGGGCCGCCGGCUGCUGCGCAAGCUUCGUCGGAGGGGGCCCGCGCGGCGGCGACGCCUGCUAUCGACGAACACCUGCUGCCUCCCUCCGCCGACGGAGCGCCUGCAGCUGCGGCGGGGCUGCCUGGAGCCGCAGCGGCGGCGCCGCCCAGCGUCAAGCUUGAGGCGAGGACGCCGCUGGUGACUGCAGCGGACUUGACUGCAGACGGCCUGCGGCGGCGCCUCUCCGCGCUGCGGGGCCCUGCGCUGGAGCGCGCCCGUGCAGCGGUCGAGCUGCAGGCGGCGGCAGCAGAGGCCCUUGCGGCCCAGGAGGCGGCCGCGGCGGCAGCUGAGCGGAGGGUAGCCGCGCGGCGGCGGCGGCUGCUCGUGGAGAAGCUGCCCGCGGCGGCCGCAGAGCUGGCGGAAGCUGAGCGGAAGCUGGCGGCGGCGGUCGAGGCGGAGGCCUUCGAAUCCGCCGCUGCGCUGGACGCAGCUGCCGCGGCGGCGGCCGCCACGCGCGCGGGCGCGGAGGCGGCCCUGCGCUCCGCUGAGGCCGAGGCUGCGGCCGCGGCGCUCGAGCGGCGGCGGCUGGCUGCACUGCGUGGGCCGCUGCUGGCGGCGGCGGCAGAAUACCUGUCAGAUGCGGCAGAGGCGCGGGCGCGGGAAGGCGAGGAGGCGGCGGAGGAGGGCGGGGAGGCACUGGCGUGCGCGGAGGGGUCGGAGGCUGCGGCGGCGGCGGCGAUCGCCGGGCAUCAAGCAAAGGUGGAAGGUCUGCGGGCGGCGCUGGGCGAGCGCCGCGCUGAGCUGGCGGCGGACGUCGCCGAGGCGGCGGCGCCGGCCGAGGCGUCGCGCGCGGCGCUGCAGGAGCGGCGCGACGCGCUGGCGUCCGAGGUCGAGCAGCUGAGGGCGGCGCUAGCUGCCAAGGAGCGCGAGCUGACCGGGGCGUCGGAAGCUCUGGAGCUGGCGUGUGCGCAGGUGGCGUCGGCCACGGCGCAGUUCAACGGCCGCCGCGCCGGCCUGGAAGCCGACGCGCAGCUGCUCGAGGCCGAGGAGCGCGCCCUUUUGGAGGCGGAGGCGGCGGCGGGCGCCGCGCGGGAGGCGGCGGAGGCGGCGAGGAGGGCGGCGGGGGAGCGGGAGCAGGGCGCGAGGAAGGAGGAGGAGGAGAUCCGUCGGUGGGCCGCAGGGCGCUCUGCCGCCGCCGCCGCUGCAUCCUCCGCCGCCGCCGCCGAGGGCGCGGCCGCCGAGCUGCUUGCCUCCCUUGCGGCGGCCGAGGCGGCAGCUGCCGAGAAGGUGGGCGACCUGCGGGCGUGCCUCAACGAGGUGGCGGCCCAGCAGGCGGACGCGGCCCGGAGGGCGGCCGAGAGGCGGGCGCGCAGGGCCGAGGCAGAGGAGCGGGCGGCGGCAGCUGCCGCGAAGCUGCCCGAGGUGGAGGCGCAGAAGAAGGCGGCGGCCGCGGCCAAGGACUUCAAGGAGGCGGCGCGGCUGUCAGCAGAGGCCAAGGCGCUGGCGGCCGCGGCCGAGGCGGCGGCAGAGGACGCGCGCGCGCUCGGCGCGGCGCUGGCGGCGGCGGCGGGCGAGGAGGCCGGGCUGGAGGAGCAGGUGGCGGAGCUGCGGGGCGCUCUGCAGGAGCUGGAGAGGGAGGAGGGCGUCGCGCGCUGGCGGCGGCUCGCGGCCAGCCAGGCGCUCCGCAACAGGCAGCUCGCAGAGGCGGCGGCCGCGGCGGCGGCGGCGGCGGCGACGCCUGGCGGCGGCAGGGGUGGCGACCAGGAAGAGGCCGAGGCGGCGGCGGAAGCUGAGGAGCUGCGGCAGGAGGCGGAGGCUGAGGCGCGGCAGGCGGCCGAGUUGGAGGCGCGGUGGCGGCUGACCCGGGAGGAGAAGGUGGUGGAGGGGCUGGUUGCUGCGGAUGCGGCCGCUGAAGGCUCCGGCGGGGAGGCGGGCCGCGAGGGGGCUGGAGCGGACGCCGCUGGCGCCACUGCAGGGGCUGUGCCCGCAGCGGACGGGACCGAGGAGCAAGAGGAGGACGAGGGUAUUGUAUAA